AUGGCUCAGGCACAAAACCGAGGUUCGACUUUUGGUUGCAAAAACACCAAACAAAUGAAGAACGGCCACGGUGGCCAGUCAGGUCGACCAGGAGAGGCUCGCAAAUUGUACCACAACAGCAAACGGAAAGGUCUCUGCAAGGGAAAAUGCCAUGUUCUUCUCCAGCAUGAUGCAAAGCAAUGGAAGCAGACUCCUCAAGGGUCUCAUCGUCUUCAGGGGGGAUACGGCGGGGAUAACUUUCAAAACUUAAAGACAAAUCGGGAGGGAGCUUUGAAUCAUUUUUUCGGUCUCGCUGAGGGGCGGACUAAGCUACUGUUCAUCAAUGUGGAGCUGCCAUGA